AGAAGCAGCAGCAGUGAAAAACAUGGCGAUUCCCGCAUGUGCAGCUCGUGUUUGUCGCCUGGCAGGAUGGACUGUGACCUCCCUGUCAGUCAGACACAAGCGGGCGGUCAGUUUGCCAGCGAGGAGGUGCUACAUAUCCACCUCGACGGGGAACAAUCUUCAGUUCAGGCUUGAUGAGCGAACGGCUCACAGCAGUCUAGACCUCUUCAAGAAAGACACUGCCGUCAUCUACCGCAUGCUGGGUCUGGACCCCAGCCAUGCACAAGACACCCCUGAGCGUUUCCGUUACUGGGCCGUUGUGUUUGGCGACAAGAAGAUCAGCAGCGGACGGCACUACUGGGAGGUGACUGUCAAAAAGUCUCAAGAGUUUCGUCUGGGUGUGGCUGAGGCACUAAUGUCCCGAGAUGACUGCGUGGGCACCAACAGCUCCUCCUGGGUGUUCGGCUACGCUCAGCGCAAGUGGUUUACCAUGACCAGCAAUAAGAUAGUUCCCUUGAUGGUGGUGGGCAAGCCGGACCGCGUAGGCAUCCUGCUCGACUACGAAGCAGGCCUUUUGGGGCUGGUAGACAUCGAAAAACCCGCGAUCAUUCACACCAUCAGUGUCCAGUUCAAGGGUCCCCUCUGCCCCGCGUUUGGUAUUUGGGACGGGGAGCUGCUCACACACUCUGGCCUGGAGGAACCUGAAGGCCUGAAGUGAAGCAGGAUGAACUAUGAUUGUGACGGCCGUUAUAAGCUUGCGUUUGGCAAGAUGGCAACAUUUAUCACAACAGUGCAAGGAACAAAAGCAAUAUCAUUGUGUGAAUCAUUUACAGUUUAAUUGCAGGUGAUGGUCGAUUUGACCGUGGUCCAGUUGGUUCAUAAUCAUGACUCUUAACAAUGCAAGUUUUGUGUAUAUCGUCCAGCCUCAGGCAAUCAUCAGAAGCUUUUUGUGUGUGUACCUACCUCUCAGAUUAAAUGAUGUGAAAAGGA